AUGCGCCACUUCCGCCAAUUUCUCGAGGGUCGGCUAUUCACCAUCCUAACGGACCACAAGCCGCUUACGCACGCAUUCCGGUCGGCGAGCAGCCGCUACUCGCCACAGGAAAUCCGGCACCUGGCCUAUCUCGCAGAGUUUUGCGCGGACAUUCAGCACGUCCCCGAAACCGCAAACUCUCCUGCAUACGCCCUUAGCCGGAUUGCGAGCGUCUCUCCCAUCGUCCAGCCGCUUAUUCCCGAUGCCAUAGCUGCUGCACAGGCCACUGGCGACGAACUUCUGCAGCUUCAUCGGCGUGGUACAUCCUCGCUCAGGUUCACCGACCUCCCCAUACACGGCUCUCACUUGACCAUCUGUUGCGACAGUACUCGGGCAAAGCCUAGGCCUUUCGUAACGGCGCCCUACCGGUGCACGGCCUUUGCUGCAGUCCACAACCGGGCCCACACCGGUAUUUGUGCCACCCAGCGCAUGGUGACCGCUCGUUUUGUUUGGCCCUCUAUCAACCCCGACGUACGAGCUUGGGCCCGUUCGUGCAACCCCUGCCAGCGAUCCAAGGUGCAUCGGCAUACAAAAUUGCAGCACCAGCAAUUUGGCCUCCCGUACAGCCGUUUCGAUCUUGUGCACAUCGUCAUCAUCGGUCCCCUUCCGCCGUCGUCUGGUUUCCGCUAUCUGUUCAAAGCAGUGGACCGAUGCACCCGGUGGCCCGAAGCCUGCCCGAUGCCCGACAUGUCUGCCGAAACCGUCGCUGCCACGUUCAUAGCAACAUGGGUUGCCCGUUUCCGAAUACCCUCCCAGGUUACCACCGACAGAGUUCGCCAAUUUGAGAGGAACUUAUUCUCUGCUUUCGCACGGCUCCUUGGCACCUCCCGCAUACGCACCCUGCAUCCUAUGGUGUCCUGGAGCAUUUUCACCGCCACCUGA